CUCGAGGAACUUAUUCGAAGAAUUAGCCAGCGCGAAGAGACAUCAUUUCCUCUGGGUGGCCGAACAGUAAAGAACUCAUUGGUGCUAGUCAUUCCGUUAGCUUCUCUCUUUUUUUUUGUCACACUGGGCCACCUCCUGCAGUAGGUGUUGGCUAAUCAGUAUACGAAAGAAAGCAAGUUUCCCCAUUUUUGGCCAUUAGCAGAGGAAGUGGCAGUGCACUUCGCAGCAGACUGUACUGAACACUUGCCAUUCUGAGCAUGCUGUGGAACGUGGAGACCCUGGGCUUUCUUCUAGCAGUGACUCAGGGUCUCUUCAUCCAAUGCCUGGCACAUGUAAACUCCAGCACUGCCCCCUGCCGAGGGUGUCAUUGGAAUUCCCUGGGCAAAAUCACAGCAAAGACAAGACAGAUGGAAAAGGAAGCCAAGCAGCUGUUCAGAUCCUAUUUGACUCACCAGGGCUUGCUUCCACCCGACCUUCGCCAACUCUGCAAUGAGGCUGUACAGUGGUUUCCCACAGAGAAUAUAAGAGACCAGCCAAAGAUUGUCAUGCUGCAGGAGCUAUACCGGACUCUGGAGCACAUGAAGGAUGCCCUUGAGAACAUCGGGAAGCAGCAGCAGGUGCUGAGCACCCCAGGUGCUGCAUUACUCGGCAAACUCCAAAGCACCCAGUGGUCGGUGAGAGGACUCCUCUCCAACACCGGCUGCGCCCUCUGUCUCAAGGGAGUCUCGCCCAACUCCAGGGGCACCCCAGAGAGACCUGUAGCCACUAACGCUUUCCAGCAAAAGACUGAUGGAUGCAAAGUGCUCUGGAACUACAGCAAGUUCCUGGAGAAACUGGUCAGGGGCUCAGGGGAGAAUGCGCCGCAGGCACUCAGAGAUCAAAGGAAAAGACGGAAAGGCAUAAAAAGAAAGGAGGCCUCCUCACACUCCUGAAUGAGCCACCCAGAGGGAGACAGGGAACCCUAGAUGGCUGCCGCUCAGAUCUGGUGGUGAGGACGGAGCCAGGAAGGCUUCUGAGAAAUACUUGAAUGAAAUACACAAAUCCUGUUUAACUCUGAGAAGCGGCUGCACAGGAGCCCGGUGCAGGUACACCAGAGCCAUGUCAUGUCCUGGUCUCACAUUCAAUGUGCUAGGACAGACAGUCCCUCUGGGCCAGAUUGGCAAAGUGCUUGGCACCCAGCAGCCACCAUUGCUCUCAGCGGUGUGGGGUAUUCUCUGUUGUUCUCAAGUGGUUGGAGGGUCUCAAUGGGAGCUACUGGGGGCCAUGCACUUAUGGAAAGCUGGCCUGAGAGCUUCCAGGUACCUCUGCACAGCAUACAGAAGCCAAGGUGCCUUUUUUCUUAUCAAAAACACUACCGGAUUCUGCAGGAAUGGUUCAUUACUGCACUAUUUGAGAUCCUUUGCAGAAGAACAGGCUGGAUUCAAAUGCACAAAGACCCAGCAUCUACCCCAGAGGUGGGCCAACUACGGCCCAGGGGCCGCAUCCAGCCCUUCAGAUGUUUUAAUCUAGCCCUUAAGCUCCUGCUGAGGAGCGUGGCUCCCAGAAGCAGCGUCACAUCCCUGCUCUGGCUCCUAUACAUAUGGCCAGCAA